ACUGUUGGCAUUUUUGCUGGCAGGGCACUUUGGUGCAGGACUCCGGCGAGCGUAGCACCACCAGCUGGCGUCUGCUUCUGAGCUCGGACACGAAGAGGAACGCCAAUGCAUAAAAUGCCUGUCAAACCUAGAAAACCGACCAAAAACCCAAGUUUUCUCAGUCAUGAGUUUUUCAUUCAAAAUCACGCGGACAUCGUGUCCUGCGUUGCUAUGGUGUUCGUGAUCGGCCUCAUGAUCCAGGCUACAUCAUCACUGGCUUACACCUUCAUUGGCGUUCACCACAAUGUCACACAAUCGCUGGACCUCCAAGACUCAAUUGAGAAACAGACUGAUACCUUGUACACCUAUGGACUCAAAGACCUAUGUGCUAUUUUCUUCUAUUCUCUCAUCUGCAUUGUUAUGCAUGCUAUUCUGCAAGAGUACUUCCUUGACAAAGUUACUAAGAAACUUCACCUCUCAAAGGCCAAACAUAGCAAGUUCAAUGAAUCAGGUCAGCUCCUGGUCUUCUAUCUCAUUUCAAUUGUUUGGGGUAUUGACAUCAUCCUGAGGCAAGACUUUAUCUUGAACAUAACUUCUCUUUGGGAAGGAUAUCCUCACUCUGCAUUGAUGUUUGCCUUCAAGUUCUACUUUAUCUUCCAACUCUCCUACUGGAUCCAUUGCUACCCUGAGUUGUACUUCCAGAAAGUGAAACGGGAUGAAAUGUCUGACCGCAUUCAGUAUGCCACUCUGGGUGUUAUUGCUGUGUCUGCCAUCUAUCUACUCAAUCUCAAUAGAGUUGGCAUCUGCCUGUUGACUCUUCAUUACCUGUCAGAAUCCUUAUAUCAUGUUGCUCGCAUUGUUGAGUACCUUGACAAAGAUGAUAAUGGCUCUAAGGGCAUUCACAUGGCUGCCAGUGGCAUGUUUGUAUUGGUACGACUGGGUUCCAUAAUUUUGUCUGUGCUUACCUUCUGGUAUGGACUUGCUCUUAGUGAUAAUCAAGUUAUCAACCUGGCUGAAGGAAACUUCAACACUCAAGCAGUCAGAUUGGGUGUUCUUGCUAGCAUAUGUGCUAUUCAGGCAUACUUCAUGUGGCACUUUAUCACUGAACAGCUUCAGCAGAUGCGCGAGCAAAAUGCUCUCAGUGCUGCCAGCAGACCAAAGCCCAAAGCCGAAAAGAAACCUAUUAAGAAGACUAAGAAAGAAGAAAAGAGAGAAGAUGAUGACUUGCCAGAGGUAGACCAAAAUACAAAGAAAACUCUGCGAUCAAGAACAGCUACCAAGGCUAAAUAAAUAUUGCGUCCACUGAAGUAUUUUCAUUAAUUUAUAAAGACUUGGUCAGUUUUGUACUGGCGUUUUUUGAGAUUAAAUGGUGUUUUUAAGAUUGUUUA